CGAAGGAAGAGGAGGAGGGAGAGGGGAGCAGGGGAGAGGUCGGUCACCACUCACCAGCGCCUCGCCAUACGUAUCCUUCGUCACUUUUUCGGCUUUUGAUCUGACGCUGAUCUGACACCGGCAGGCAGAUGGAGCUGACUCGGAGGAUUGAGGUCUCACGACACAGUGAUGACGACCCCCGCCCCUCUCCUCGGGGAUCAAGAUCCCCUCUGACAUGGCUGUCAUCUCGAAGGCAGCCGUGCCCCUCCAGUCCCCCUUCCUCGCCCUGUUUGUUUCUGCUUUCGGACCAGAGCCUGGCGUUCGCCCUCUACAACGAUGAGAUCAAGCUGGAGGAGCUGAUGGGUGGGCUGCCGAGCCAGGAUGACUCGCCCUCCACCACUGGCCGAGCUCCCUCGUCCUCCGACUCCACCCCUCCCGGCAUCUCACCCUCUACAUCGACGAGCAACAUCGGCAUCGCAUCGCCGCUUGCAUCCUUGGCAAUGGUCGUGCAGAAGGGCUUGCUCGAGGCCGACCUGCAGUACACCCAAGGCUUUCUGUUCGAGACCGCCCCGGUACUACUGUCGCUCCUGCAAAUGGGUCCCCAUGCGAGGCAAUUGGUGUACGCGAGUCGCGUCUUCCAGCGCACGGUGGCCAAGAUGCGUCAGCUGCGGUCAUACGUGCGGACCCUGACGUGCGAGAAGGGCUGGAUGGACAUACCGGCGGAGAGGGGACUGAAGGUCACAUAUCGCACAGAAACAGACGCUGCGUUCGGGUGAGCAGACAGACAAGGGGGAGAGAGAAGGAACAUGGGUGUUGCACAUCAUGUCGUUCCCGUGUUGUCAGGCCCACCACUGUCAAGGUGUGUGGCGAGGUGGAUGCCGCAUUCAGCCAUGUCAUCCAGAUCUGUACGGACACCACACAACACACCGAGGCAGGAAUGUGUGUGUGUGUGUGUGUGCACGCGAAGUGGGCCUCUGAUCUCCCCUCACAUCACAUCGCCUCACGAACCUUCGUUGUCCUCUGCGGUUUCUGCUGCUUUCAGGCUGUGAAGCAGGGAUGAUCAAGGAUUGGAUGCCGAUGACCUCGUUCUCCGAGAGACUGCCGACAAGCCAGGCGACAGCCGCGGGCGUGACCCCUGUCUUCGGAGUCUAUCAGCUACAGGUGCGUUCGAAGGGGUAGGCACGCACACUCAUGUACGCAUCCAUUCCUGUCCCUCCCGCACAGAUGAGCAUGCCUUUUCUCGCCAAACGUGAGUGGGUGCUGGACUACUAUGACGCCCUGGGUGAGUUAGCGCAUCCAAAUGCAUCUACACGUCUGUCAUUCGACACUACCUGCCCCUGUCUGUCUGUCUGCCUGCCUACCUGCCUGCCUACCUGCCUGCCUACCUGCCUGCCUGUCUGCCUUAUCAGAUCGCGAGACAGGUUGCGCGUGGGCCUUCAUGGACAGUGUAGACGGCGAUGGUCAUCCUGACGUACCGUCGGAGGCUUUCCCACGGCAUGAUCCCCAUGUGGUCAAGGGCACAAUGCCCAUCUCAUGCUGCCUCAUCAAGCCAGUUGGCCCAAACCGCGUCUACAUUGAAGCGCUCACCAACGUGGACCUCAAGUUCAAGCUCCCGCACUGGCUGCAGGUGCUGCUCUCGAAGAUCGCCGGUGAGUGAGUGACAGUGGCACGUACGGACCAUGUGGACGGUUUUCACAUGUAGCCGAUGUGUGCGUGUCUGUGCAGGCGUGAAGGGUUUCCAGGGCAUGGUCAAGGCCACCAAGCUCAUCAAUCGGUCGGCCCAUCACUCUGAUUCGUGGGUGCAGAGCUACCACAGAAACCUCAGAUACAUCCAACCGUACCAGGUGAGUUCCAUUCCUCAGAAUGAUUAAGCAGCCCGAUGCCCAUCGGCCCGUCUGCCUGUGUGGUGUGAUGUGCAGGAGUGCGCUGACAGGGCUUUGGCCAGGGCCGGGGGCGUCAGGAGGGCAGGAGUGUCGAGUGAGGACCUCCCCAAGUUCCCCCUGCUCGACCACCUCGAUAACACGGCUCAUGAGCCAUUGGUGCCUCUUUGUUGACAUGCUACUUUGGUAGUCCUGCGUAUCUUCUUGAUGCUCUAUGGCGGUGUCACGUCGUGUGUAGGGGAUUAGGUGGUCCAUGGUGGGUGGUAAAGUGAGAUUGUCCUGCUCGCCCGAUUCCUUUUUGUGUUGUGCAGGAGUGAGGUUGCGUACGUGCGUAGCUUGAAGAUGAGCAGACAGGUGCAUGUUUGCGUGGAUGCCUCUCUCAUGUCGUAUGCAUGCCGCCCGAAAACGAGAGUGGCGAAUGCGAAUCUGUGAGUGCAAGUCGUGCAUUCAUGCCUCUGCCUUCGUCCGUCUGCCUAUUGCUGCUGCUUCUACUGAUCUAUAAGCUGACUGCAUGAAUGAUGCGGUGUCAAUGCGUGUCUAGAUCUGCAUGUGGACCAGGUUCUAUCCGUGUGCGUGUGCAUUUGAGAGCGGGGGCGGUGCAUGCAUCUGUGUGGGUGUGCGUCCAACGACGUGGUGUUUGGACACUGCUAAGUAUAUUUGAUUUGAUGAUGG